AUGUCAAAAGCUUCCUCACCCUUGUCUGUUGCUGCAGUUCCGGUGUCUGCACGAAAAGGAAAUCUGUUCGCGCCUCAACAGCUCUGUGUCACGAGACUCGAACUGAAACGUCGUAUGACGUCACUGGUAGAGCGGCACGUCGCCCUCGACCCUGACUCUGGCAACCUUGGCGCCCUCGUGUUUCACUUCAAUUGGGAUGGCCUUGGGCUGCUCCUUGGGGGCGUUUUUACGCGGCGCUUCGAGGGCCAGCGUUCCGUUGGGCUUGAGAUGACACUUGACCGACUGCGGGUCGACGUCCUCCGGCAAAACAUAGCGGCGGGUGAACUCACGCUUCACGUAGCAGCCGCGGUCGUCCGACUUCUCCUCGUGCUUGCCGUGAAUGACGACGCUGUUGUCUUGAGUCUUCACGGUGAUCUCUUCGGGAGUGAAGUGCCGUGUGUCGACGUUGAUGGCGAACUUGUCCGGAGUGCAGGCGACCGAGUUGCCCUGCUGGCGAGCGGGGCAAACCGCCGACGAAGACUGCUGGUGACGCGGCUGGAUGUAGAAGCGCUGGUGGUAGAACGGCGGGUCGAACAGCUCGCCGUCAAGGAAGGAGCCUCCGAAGUCGUCAUCCAAGAAGCGUCUCACCAGGUCCGAGGGACCGAAGUAGUUGUGGUGCAGGGGGAACAGAGCCAUUUUUUUUGUCGGAGCAGACGACCAACCACCUUGCACGAAAAAAAGAAAGCCGGCAUCCGGCUCAUCUGCCGUCUCGUCGUCGAGUCUUGCGUGCUUUGUCGUGUCCACUCGCUGUUGUGCUCGGAAUCUGCUGUGCACAUUUUUUGUACCACGUUCGUUAAACACACGUGCGCGAAGGCAAGAUCAAUCAUGUCUCUGUUCCCGCUCAUCAACCGCGGCUCCUGGGGCCCAUCCGACUUGGCGAGACGUUUUUUUGACGAAGACGACCUAGCCGGCUCACCGCUCCUCCUAGACGGUGAGCUGUACGAUCCUCCGUUCUACCACCAGCGUUACUACGUCCAGUCCCGCCGGCACAACAACAACAACAACCAGUCGUCAACGGCGUACUCCGGCUACGACGCCGAGCAACGGCGUCUGUCCCACGCGUCAGCACACGCGGUCGCCUGCUCGCCGGACAAGUUCGCCGUGCGCGUGGACACUCGGCACUUCGCGCCGGACGAGAUCACUGUGAAGACGCGAGACCACUGCGUCGUCGUUCACGGCAAGCACGAGGAGAAGUCGGACGACCGCGGCUGCUACGUGAAGCGCGAGUUCACCCGCCGGUACGUGCUGCCCGAAGACGUGGACCCCGAAUCCGUCAAGUGCCACAUGACCCACGGGGGUCUCCUGUCGCUCGAAGCGCCGCGUAAGAAGUUCAAGAGGGACGACGGCAAGCCGAUUCCGAUUAAAGUUCAGCACGAAGGGGGUGAAGCCGCCGAUGCUGCGGCGCCGACUGUUGUCGUGGCGACCAACGGAGACGCCGGCGAAGAGGCCAAGUAGAAACCCCCCCUCUGCGUUGUAUGGCCUUCGAGAUCCUCAUCGCCCAACAUGGUGGAGACUCAAGCAAUCUCUUCAAAGAAACGUUCCCAAAAGCUGUCCAACAAACGUUCCUGCCGUAACACUGCCACUUGUUUCGUGCAACGUUGCGUCCCUUCGACAUUCCACGGCGAACUUUGAACUUUUUCCGUUUUAUUUACUCCCCGUUUGAAAUGAUACUUUCUCGUUUUCCUUACGGUGUUUGAUGGAGUUUUGAGUGGCGUGUUUACGUUGAAUCUCCUACAAGCGGGAUUUUUUUUUUCAGAAGUGAUUUGCGUUUUUCCUCGCUCAAAGGAGCAGGAAUGCUCAAAUGUUUGUUGCUAGUCUUCUCCUACCGAACUUCGUCCGCCCACCUGUUGUACCGCAAGUUUUGUCGGUCUGUCGCAUAGCGUUCGUUUUUCUGUUUUUUUUUUAAUUUAUUUCGUUUCCCUCCUAUCGUUUAAUCGAACGUGCGUGUGAGAAGUCCUUAGACGACACGAGUGUGUUCCUCUUUUUUUGCACUGUUAAUAAAUUUGACGUUUACCCUCA